GAGACGGAGCGGCACGCUGCGCUGGAUCACAUACACACACGCGCGCGCGCAGUCGUAUACACACGCACGCGCACACACGCAGCGGCAACAACAGAUCGUAGAGUCGCGUACACACACACGGACGUUGUGUUUUUGUGAGAAAUAAGCGAGAAGAAGUCACCUAUCUGCAGCCCGGGAGGCUUUGAGGAAACGACAAAGCGAGUCAUCAUGUGAGAGAACUUAAUGUGGGGAACGGACAAAAGGGCUGGAAUACGAGCAAGAAUAGAAAGUAAAAGGGACGUCCUCCCCGUGCACCACCGACCUGCCAAUCAUGCACCUGACCUCGCUUCUUUCUGACUGAUAGUGAUGCGUCAGUGUGACUGUAUACGCUGCUCGUGGAUAAAUGAUCACUAAUCACCAUCGGGAGAUGAAGGACGAGUCUGGCGUGAGCGGAAUGUCCGUGGAUGAGAAGCCUGAAGCCCCCAUGUAUGUGUAUGAGUCGACAGUUCAUUGUACCAAUAUCCUCCUCUGCCUCAACGACCAGCGGAAGCAGGAUAUCCUGUGCGAUGUGACUGUCCUGGUGGAGGGCAAGGAGUUCCGCGGGCACCGGUCCGUGCUGGCCGCCUGCAGCGAGUAUUUCCUCCAGGCGCUGGUGGGCCAGGCGGAGAAUGGCUUGGUUGUUAGCCUUCCGGAAGAGGUCACUGCCAGGGGAUUCGCUCCAUUGUUGCAGUUUGCCUACACUGCUAAGCUGUUACUCAGCAGAGAAAACAUCCAGGAGGUCAUCCGCUGUGCUGAAUUCUUGCGCAUGCACAACCUCGAGGACUCAUGCUUUCGCUUCCUGGAAGCCCAGCUGCGCAGCGAGGAGGACGGCUUGCUGCUCUGCCACAAGGUGGCGGCAGAGGUGAAUAACUCAGAGGAUGAGAGCAUGCAGUCAGAGGCGGAAAGGCCAACCUCCCCGAAGGCGCGACGGCGUGCUGAUGCCCUCACCUCCUUUGGACACCCUGACGAUGAUCGGCUAGCGAUGGCUAUGUCCAGUAACUUCGCAGACGGCCGGCUGGACUUUGAUCGGCAAGGAGCGUCCGACCUGCCGCGAUGCCCCAAGUACAGGAAAUACCAGUGGGCUUGCAACAAGCACAAUAAUGACACCUCCUCACACACCAGUACCUCAGGUUUUCCAAGCACAUUAAAGGAGAGCAGCGUUAGUGGGGCAGUGCCAGGUCAGGGCAGGCUGCCUUUGGCACAGAUCAAAGUUGAACCACAGGCAGGGGAAGAGGCCGUCUCAUUGUGCCUGUCAGGGGACGAGCAGGACGUCAGGGAUAAGGACAGUGUGACGGCCAUGGAGAUGGAUCACCCCAUAUCUGUAGAAAGAACCAAGAGAACCAAGUCCCCUUCUUGCCUCCGAGCCUUCUUCAAGAAAGGGGUGGACCUCCCCAGUCUGCCCAACACAUCACAGCAGCUAUUUGCCAACAGACUUGUCUGCCCCCAGGACAAAGGAAACUCUCAGGGAGAUCAUAAAAAAGACUUCAGGCCUUUCUCUGGGGAGCUGGGUCUGUCUGUUACAUCCCCAAAGGACGUGGACGGUUUCCCUGCAGGGUUGUCCCUCAAGUCCGCUUCCUGCGACGGGGUCUGCAAGCAGGAAGUCGAGCUAGAUCGCCGUAGUGUCAUAUUUUCCUCAGGGGCCUGCAACCGUCUGGGAACCCCAGCACAUUCCUACCCCGGUGGGAACUCUUUGGAGAUGGAGCUCUCUGAGCACAUGCCAAAGGGCCUGUGGGCUGGAGCCAGCCAGUCCCUCCCCACCUCCCAGACCUACUCUCCCAGCACCACCUCCACUGAGCCCCCGCUCCUGUGCCGCCCACGACCCAACACCAGCUGCCCAGUGCCAAUCAAAGUGUGCCCGCGCUCGCCGCCUUGUGAGACACGCACCAGGACUUCCAGCUCCUGCUCUUCGUACUCCUAUGCCGAGGACGGCAGCGGAGGCUCGCCCUGCAGCCUGCCCCAGUUUGAGUUCUCCUCCUCCCCGUGCUCCAACGUGGCACGCUGCCUAAAUGUGGACCAGCAGGAGCAGAGCGUGGGCGGGGAUGCCCUUUUUAACCAGGUGCGGCCCAAGAUCAAAUGUGAGCAGUCCUACGGCACCAACUCCAGCGACGAGUCGGGCUCCUUCUCAGAAGGAGACAGCGAGUCCUGCCAUGUGCAGGAGCGAGGGCCAGAGGUGAAGCUGCCUUUCCCUGUAGAUCAAAUCACAAAUCUUCCACGGAAUGACUUCCAAAUGUUGGUGAAAAUGCACAAACUGACCUCGGAGCAGCUCGAGUUUAUUCAUGACGUGAGGCGGCGGAGUAAGAACCGCAUUGCAGCGCAGCGGUGCCGCAAGAGGAAGCUCGACUGCAUCCUAAACCUGGAGUGUGAGAUCAGAAAACUGGUGUGUGAGAAGGAGAAGCUGCUGACUGAGAGGAACCAGCUGAAGGCAUGCAUGGGAGAGCUGUGGGAGAACUUCUCCUGUCUGUCCCAGGAGGUGUGCAGGGACGUCCAGCUGAGCCCUGAACAGGUCCAGUCUUUACACCACUACUGCCCCGUGCUGCGGCCUGCCAACUCGACUGCCAGCAUCAACGCUGCCCACGAGCCCAAGCCUGUCCCGAGCCCCGCCGCCACCACCAACACCACCACCAACAUCACCACCACCAGCAUCGACCUCACCGCCCACUCAGGCUCCGCCACACCGGAGCCCAGCUUCCACGGCUCGCCCGGCCCCUCGGAGAGCGAGCCCGACUCGGCCAUCAGGAACGGGGCGGACAAAGAUACGGACGCCAGCUUGUACGCAAAGUCCGCGGAGAAAUCCAACCAGACGGUAACAGUGGAUUUUUGCCAGGAAAUGACUGACAAAUGUACAACUGACGAGCAGCCGAGGAAGGACUGCACUAACUAGUGGUAGUUUUCUGUGUUGUUGUUUUUGGAUGUUUUUUUAUUAUUUAAUUUUACUCUUCUGACAAACCCUCUCUCGGGGGUUGCUGAGACGGUCAGCCUCUGCCAGUGUUCACUGAAAAACAAGCUUUGUUUGUAUUUAUGUCUUUUUGUGCUGUCUUUUUUUUUUUUUUUGUUGAACGGUUGACACUAAAGUUGUCUUAACAGCAGCAAUACUGUUCUCCAGGUAUUCUCCUCUUACCAUGACAGAGUGGGAACUUCUCACCAAACCCUUACAAUGGUGCUAAACCCGCCCCGACAGCAACCUCUACGGUGAAGACUCCGUUCUUCACACAUCAUAACUCAAAGUCGAACCUCAUCGGACCUAAACAGCAGCUCUCUUUGUCUCUCUGUGUACCGACAGUAUCUCUGUUCCUGCCUUUGCUCUUCUUCUCUUUUUUUCCCACUCUGUCUCUAUCAAUCUCUACCUCUUUCUGUCUCUCUCGCUCUCUCUUUUUCUCUCUCUGUUUGUGGUUCUUCUCUCGCUAUAUCUCAGUGGCCCUUUUCGUCACGGCAAUUCAAACUCAGGAAAAGGAAAAAAAAAUCCUCUGAAUGUUCAACAGAAUUCAUGGAAAAAUGAGAACACAGCUUCUGUACACGAGGAAGUUGCGAUGCAGUCAGACUGUAAAAUGUUCAUAUGCAAAAAUGUCUUCAAGCGUCUGGCAUUUGUAUUUCUGUACAGGAGAACUUUGUACAGGCUGUAACUGAAAACAUUCCUCCUUUGCCUUCCUCAGCACUGAAUUGAAAGGAAAGAAAAAGGUUUUUCUCGCAAAUGGCUAUUUUUUAUUUCCCACUCAUCAGCAAUACCAUUGUAUUUGGAUGUUGUGACGGUGA